UCCCCGUUCACAUGCAUCUUUAUUGAAGCCAUCAUCUGACCCCUGUGCAUUGCGAUUUUUACCUGAGCAUCUGAGGAACCAUAACUGCAACCUGAACCUCUGAACACCUUCCAUAACCCAAGCCUCUUCUGAAGGAUUAUUGCUCACCAGAAGCUCACGUUUUCCAUUCAGGCGUGUGAUUAUUGUGAUCGUAGUGAGGGAAUGUUUGAUGAGUGCAGUUUGACGAUAAAGUGUUCUCUGAGGUUUACCUAACCCCUGUAUUAGUGGCAAGACCUCAGAAACCACCUCCAGAUGUUUGAGAGCACUAUCUGACCGAUUAUUUACAACAGGGCCGGCGAACAUCGCCCUCUUCACACGGACGGCUUACUCUUUGCUCCUUUGGCAAUGCCCGAGUUAAUGCUUAAUCUAAGUACAAAGUCUUAAUUGCUAGAGCCAAGCCCAGUUUACGGGAAGGAGGUUACUUGGAUGUGAACAGAUCACUGCAGACCAGAGACACGCAAGCUGAGGGACUCAUCGGAAUCAUCUCUUCCUGACAAGCACCUUCAGGACGGAUCACCAUGUCCAAAAACUCCUUAGUCUCCAAGGCUUUCGCCGCCGCCUUCGCCGUCCUGACUAUCUCCUCCAUCGCCGGCAUUGUCACCAUGGUCAUUUUGUACAAAACCCAGAUCUCCACAAUGAAUCCUACGCCCCGACCAACUUUCCCUUCCACCACCACAGGUUUACCGCCCGUCAUGCGGCUUCCGAAGAACCUCGUACCGGAGAGAUACAAGGUCUUGCUCUGGCCUCACUUCUACACCAGGAUUAUCGAAGAGGUCAACGUCACCAGCCCCAACCAGACUGCACUCUUCACUGGAAACACCACCGUUUUCUUUCAUUGUGUUCAGAGCACAAGCACCAUCUACCUCCACAGCCAGGAUCUGGAGGUUUUUGGUGGAAGCGUUGUGAACAUAGACAAAAAUGAAAGGAUCCCCGUUAUUCAAACGGUGAACCACAAAGAUCAAACUGACUUCCUGGAGAUCCAGUUGGAUAAUGCUUUGGAGACGGGAGGGAACUACAGUUUGUAUCUGGCUUUCAGUGGAGAACUAUCAGACAAUCUUUUGGGGAUGUAUAGCAGCACAUAUGAAGAAGAUACCCCAGGUCAUGAAGACGACAGAGAUAUUGAUAGAUUCCUUGUUGCAACCGCAAUGGAACCAACAUAUGCCAGGAGGGUAUUUCCUUGUUUCGAUGAGCCAGAUUUCAAGGCAGAGUUCGAGGUGACAAUAAUCCACAGGAAGCACACGAGGGCUCUAGCGAAUGGCAUAAAUACAGACGGCUCCAAUAUUAUAGACAACGAGUGGCUUUCCACAGCUUUUCAGCCAACACCGUUAAUGUCAACAUACCUGUUUGCCUUCACGGUUUCAGAGUUUACAGCAACCCCUUCCUCAGGUGGCCGUGUGGAAAUCAAUACAUAUGCUCGUCCUGAGGCCACUCAAGCAGGGCACACUAAAUAUGCAGCGGAAAUCACAAGAAAGAUUCUCGAUUUCUUCGAGGCACGUUUUGGCAUUGCAUAUCCACAGAAAAAGCUAGAUCAGAUUGCACUGCCAGACUCACAAUCACUAGGAAUGGAAAACUUGGGGCUGAUCACGUACCUGGAGUGGGGGCUGCUCUAUGAGGAGGGAGUGUCUUCUCUGCUUCACAAGGAAGAGAUCGCCCUUCUCAUUGCACAUGAACUGGCACACCAGUGGUUUGGGAAUCUGGUGACGAUGAAAUGGUGGAAUGAUAUUUGGCUGAAUGAGGGCUUUGCCACCUACAUGUCAAUCUUUGCAGUGGACGCUGUUGAGCCUGAUUUUCAAUCAAGAGAAGUAUAUAUCCUGGAUAACCUCCACUCUGCGUUUGAGGCGGAUGCUCUGGCCUCUUCUUGUCCCCUCAGCACUUCGCAGGAAGAUGUUCAGACGAAUUCCCAGAUCACUGGGGUGUUUAAUACUAUAACCUACAGUAAGGGGGCAGCUGUGCUGGUAAUGCUGGCAGACAUUGUGGAUAAGCCGGUUUUUGACAAGGCAAUCAGGAGGUACCUCUCUGACUGGAAGUAUAAAAACACGGACCAGAACAUCCUCUGGGAAUACAUACAAAAGGCAGAUGAUGAGAAUGAUGGCAGCACGAAUGUUGCCGAGGUGAUGGACACCUGGACCAAACAAAUUGGCUACCCUCUUAUCACCAUCAACACUACCAGUGGAGAAGGCUUCCAGAAGCACUUCCUGUUCAAUGACUCUGCAGUAUCUAGUCUUUCGUGGUAUGUCCCGAUCAAAGUCAUGAAAGAAACAAAUCAGAUUUCUUCGAUCAUGUUGAAACCCGGCGACUCAGGAAACAAAGACGCAUUUCUUUCUACUAAAGGAGAGUGGAUUCUGGUAAACGUCAACUGUACUGGAUACUACAGAGUCAACUACAACCCAGAGAACUGGGAGCGCCUCCUGACUCAGUUGCAGACAGACCCAAGUCGGAUCCCACUGAUGAACAGAGGGCAGCUUGUUGACGAUGCAUUUAACUUGGCCAGGGCUAAAGUUGUGGAUGUGAAUCUGGCGCUGAAUUUAACGCGCUUCAUUCGGGAUGAGACAGAGUUAGUUCCCUGGGAAUCAACCAUCAGGAACCUCGAGUACUUUGUUCGCAUGUUCGAUCGAUCUGAGGUGUAUGGACCAAUGCAGAUGUACCUCCGUAAUCAGGUUGAACCCCUUUACGAUUCUUUCAGCAAUUACACAGACAACUCCACAGUCCCAACUGGUCACUCCUCACAGACCAACCAGAUCAACGCCAUAGAGGUGGCAUGUUCCAACGGACUCCCGAAAUGCAUUAAGAUGGCUCAAAAUAAGUAUGCCAACUUGAUGAUCAUCAACUCCACUAACAACAUCCACCCUAACCUGCGGUCUGUAAUCUACUGCCAAGCUGUGGCUCAUGGUGGGAAGGAAGAGUGGGAGUUUGCCUGGGACAUGUUUCUGACCUCCUAUGACGUUUCCGAGAGAGGCCGACUCCUGAAGGCUCUGUCCUGCACCAAGAAGAUCUGGCUGCUCAGCAGAUACCUGGAUUACACUUUGGACCCUGACCUGAUACGUCUGAUGGAUGUUUCUUCCGUUAUACGCUACGUAUCCAAGAAUGUGGCCGGGCAGGCGCUGGCCUGGAACUUUAUCAGAGCUCACUGGGAAUACGUCAGUCAGGGGAAUGUGGCAGGACUGAUUGAGGUAGUGACCAGCAGGUUCUCCACCCAGUUCGAACUUGGAGAGCUCGAGCGUUUUGAGAUGGAUUAUGAUCUGGGUCCAGCUUUCAGGACAGUGUACCAGGCCAUUGAGCAAACCAGAGUGAACAUCCAGUGGAUCAGCGAGAACAAAGAUGUUGUACUUCAUUGGUUUGAAGCAGAAACAGCUUAGUUAAUGUUAAAACAACAACACUUAACUUUGAGGGUUUUAGCUCCUAACAGACCACUGGUGCAUUUCAGAAACAAGAACAGAUCAAGACUUAAUCAGGAAAAUAAUCAGCAUACAAUUCCCCAGACUGUACAGUGACAUCAUAAGACUGACACAUAGCAUAGAACCGACUCUCGUGGAACAAAUGUGACACCUAAGUGAAGACACAGCAGUGUUUACAGUAUGUAUAUACGUUAUUUAUAUAGUAUAUUCAAUGCUCACAGUCAAAGUAAGAAGAUAAUUACUCUACUGUUUGUCAUUUUUGCACAUGAUACUAAAGAUGCUUUAUUAAAGUUUGUUGUAUAUCUGAAAGGUUUAAUGUUAGAUUAAAAAAAAGAUAACAUUUAGAUUCAGACUGUUUUACAGUCUUUGUUUAAUUUUGUUAAAUUGGGAACUGGAUUGAAACAUCCAAUAGGUAUGUUAUUCUCCAAAAAACCAUGUAUUUUGAAGACAAACCGUAGCAGUUAAAUUUCCUCUAUUUGUUUACAGGAUGCAUGUGCAUUAUGUUGUAAUCAAAAAACAGCAUUAUUCCUGUAUGAUCCUGAAAUUGUGUUGUUCAAUAAAUUACUUAAAAUAAACAUUGUUUAAUUUUAAGUAAUUUAAUACUGUAGAUGUAUUUUUUAUAAUAGAUAUAUUGACUCACUUUAUUAUCUAAUGGAUGAAAAUGACCAUUAUAAUAAUAGGCAAUAAAAUAUUGUUGCAAUAA